CAAUAUCCGUGCUGACGAAGCCUUUCUUGACUUUCUCGAGUCGUUUCAACUCGUCUUCGAUGAAAGUCCUUGGGAGUUCUGCAUGUCUCCACAAGCUUCCUUAUCGUAAAAGUAACGUCUUUAGUCAACCAGCGGUGGCUGACCUGGUUUCACAAUCGUGUUUCCAAAGUCGUGGAUAAACUUUUUUUCAAUUUUUUUAACCAAUGACCAAAAGAUUC